UCCUCCUCCUCCUCCAAGCUGCAUCCUUGCAUUUGUAGACUAAACUGUUUCCUCACUUUGUUGCCUCUGUGUCUGAAGAGGUGCGAAUCCCGAAGGAACUGACACCACCCUCCCUCUCCUCCUCUUCCUCCUCCUCCUCCUCCUCGUCGUGGUGCCGCAGCAGCAGCAGCAGCGGUGAGUUUGCGUCCUGCAGCAGCAGCAGUAUCGGCACCUGUCAUUUUCCAGGGAAGAGCUGAUUGCCGCGUCGUGUGCGUAAAACGAGAUAUUCUCCAAGACAAACCCAAACCACGGACAAACACCGCGGCGGAAUACCGAUGGCCUCAUGUCUAGAUAUUUGCGCCUGUGAAAAUUACGCAUCGAGCCCUUGAUGCUGAAGUGCGGUGACGCUGAGGGGAGCAAUUUCAGUGCAUCCCUGUGAACUCCCACACACACACACACACACACACACACACACACAUCGUAGAGGCUUUUGGAUACGAGUCUUUCACGGGAGACAAAUGAGAGGCUACCUGCUGACUGCAAUCUUUCUGCUGCCCUGGUGGCCUCAGAGUCCGAGCACUGUUUAAUAAAGCGUGAACAUGAGAAAUGCAUGGAGAGGAUCGAGGUCCACAACCCCAACGACGACCUUGAGUUGGAGUGUCCGUGGUUGUGGGACAACCUGACCUGCUGGCAGGGGGCCAAUGUCGGUGAAGUCGUGGUGGUCAACUGUCCCGAGCUCUUCCAUGCCUUCAUGGGCCCCGAGGACGAAAUGGGGACGGUCAGUCGGAACUGCACCGUGUACGGCUGGUCCGAGCCGUUCCCUCACUACGUGGACGUCUGCUUCUUCUACGACAACACCACCAAACCUGACAUGUACUAUGCGUCAGUCAAGGCCCUGUACACAGUCGGCUACAGCACAUCGUUGGUGUCUCUGACGACAGCCAUGGUUAUCCUCUGCAGAUUCAGGAAGCUCCACUGCACCAGAAACUUCAUCCACAUGAAUCUGUUUGUGUCCUUCAUCCUGAGAGCCAUCUCCGUCUUCAUCAAGGACGGAGUGCUGUACGCUCAGGAAGACAGCGACCACUGCUUCGUCCACACGGUGGCGUGUAAGGCAGUGAUGGUUUUCUUCCAUUACUGUGUCAUGUCCAACUACUUCUGGCUGUUCAUUGAAGGUCUGUAUCUCUUCACUCUGCUGGUGGAGACCUUCUUUCCCGAGAGACGAUACUUCUACUGGUACACCAUCGUAGGAUGGGGGACUCCCACUAUUUGUGUGACUGUCUGGGCAGUUCUGAGGCUCCACUUUCAUGACACUGGAUGCUGGGAUACUAAUGAGAACACUGCCCUCUGGUGGGUGAUCAAGGGACCUGUGGUGGCCUCCAUAAUGAUCAAUUUUGUCCUCUUCGUCGGAAUCAUCAUCAUCCUGGUGCAGAAGCUGCAGUCGCCUGAUAUCGGAGGAAAUGAAUCAAGCAUUUACCUCAGCUGUGCUCAGAAAUGCUUCAGUGAGCCCACACAGGCUGUUCAGCAUUCGUGCAGGAUGUCAGAGUUAUCCACCAUCACGCUGCGUCUGGCUCGCUCCACCCUCCUGCUCAUCCCUCUGUUUGGUAUUCACUACACCGUCUUCGCCUUCUCACCUGAGGACGUCAGUAAGAGGGAGCGGCUGGUGUUCGAACUGGGACUCGGAUCCUUCCAGGGCUUUGUGGUCGCUGUUCUCUACUGUUUCCUCAACGGAGAAGUGCAGUCGGAGAUCAAGAGGAAAUGGCGCAGCUGGACGGUGAACCGGUACUUUGCUGUGGACCUGAAGCAGCAGCGGCACCCCUCGCUGGCCAGCAGUGGGGUGAACGGCGGGACUCAGCUGUCCAUCCUCAGCAAGAGCAGCUCCCAGAUCCGCAUGUCCAGCCCGCUGGCGGAGAACGCCAACAUCAGCCUCCCGACCUGAGCGUCUGAUUGGCCCGGAGUCGACUUCAAGGUGCCGUCCCACUAACGUACGUCCAGAGCAACCAGAUCCAGACCAAAGUGGCCCCACCCACCUCUUAUAGUAUUUAUAGUAUAUAGUAUCCACACUUCAAAUUGUAUUUAUUUAAAUAUUUAUAAUCCUGCAGUCGUCUCUGUAGGUUGCAAACUUUUAUGAUUAAUGAUGCACUUAAUAUUUUUUACAAACAAAUUCUUCUCUAUGAAUUAAAACAUUAAGGAGAUAUUAAGAGUUCCCUUUCUGCCAAUGUGAAAAUGUUCAAUUCUGCCAAAUUCACUGUUUUAUUUACAAACAAUACAAACGCAGAGUUUGUGCGAAUAGAAACAAACAAUUUGUGAAACAGAUCAACAAUUCAACAUGAAAUUUUGGGGUCAUAUUUGGCUGUUGGUGUAAAAUACAUGUGACUCAAAGUGGUCACCAGACUGGAUCUGAUCUCACAACAGUCCAAAGGGAAAUAUCAACCAAAUGUUCGCCUUGCUUGUACAAAUGCUCAUAGUUUCAAUGUUUCAUCCUGAAUCGGAACAUUUUUCUACAAUCAGCCAUAAGUACAGAGUAUGUCAAAAGAUAUAUUUAAAAACAAAACAACAACUCAUGGACUUUGUAAAUAGUUACGUUCGGUGUCUCAUUUCUUUCUAUUUGCGUAACACAGUAUUGUAACGACCUUUUAAAAACAAACAAAAGGAGCUGGAGCCCAGAUCUGUAGACUUCAUCACAUAUCCUAAAUCCUAUUGGACAGUCUAUGUAGGAAUAUAGUGCCAAAAUAAAUGAUGUUUACCAACCUCGGAGUUGAAUUAAAUUAAGGAAGAACAUAUUUUCUGCUCCAUAAAACUAUUAUGUUUGAUUCUUUUCUUAUAGAAUAUAAACAAGCUGUGAAGCUAAAUUCCUUAUUUGCUUGAUGAGGGACAGUGAGUGGACUUGUCACAGCCACAAAAAAAGGUUGGAACCACCGCUGUAGAGGAUAUAAAAGUACAUGAAGGGAUUUUAAAAAAUGUAUUUAAAAAGGAAAAAUACACUGAAAAUCUACACUCGUCGCUGUCGAGGUCUCGACCUGCACAGGAGUAGUUUCCUCCAGUUAGUUUUUCUCUUUCGCACACUUGUCGGACGUGUUUUAAUGCAGACUGUGAAACAUAAAUAGUACAUGUGCCAUUUCGUGGAUGCUUUUCUCCGAAGCUUCUCAUAGUGCCAUGAGUUUUUUCUGUGCAGUAUUUAAUUGUAGCCAGUGAUAAUCAAACCCUCAACAUGCUCUUUGCGACGACAGGAUUCCUUCAACCCAUCGUGCCAUAUUAAAACAGCUCUUCAUUUUGACUUCUGAGAUGAACCCAUCUCCCACACUCAUGUUCCAAAGUGCCUAGUUAGUCACAAACAGCCAUCGCUUUUAUUUACAGUGCAACGAUCAUCUACUGGAAAGAAUGUACAGGGGGGGGGGGGAGUUAUUGGUGGAUUGUAUUUUGCUCGUUUGUUAGUAAAAUGAGCGCUAAGGUUUCAACAGCUUCAUCGCGGAGAAAACACACAGUCAUCACAAAAUGCUUUAAUGUGACAGCUCUUGACAAUCGCUGCGUUUUGCUCAUUUUCUCUUUUCAGUCUCGACAAACAAUACCUGUCCAGGUGGGCAAACCAUUUGUUAGGAUUAAGGGAAAAUCAUUUGUACAGAAGGGAAUUUUUCACCAUAUUUAUUCGAGUUAUUUAUUUGGGGGUUUUUUGUACUGUCAUUUGAGUGGAUUAAACGAAUGUAUCGACUUUAAACAAUGAAUCGGUGAUAUUGUAAGGAUGUAUAUUUAUUUCCCAUCAACCAGUGCCAUCUGAUGUACAGAUCUCAAUGUACAGUGCACAUGCUUUUCACUGUGUAAUUAACUUUUAAGACUCCUGCAAUUUCAUUGCACGGAUUCAUGUUGACUCUCCCGGUCAAAGUGCCAUACGUGUACAUGUUGUGCCAUUCUGACUUUAAAGAAAAACAACAACACUUACAGUAAAUUGCCGUCCAAAGCUGCAGAGGAUGUUAGGAGAGAUGUGAUAUUAACACAACCUGUAGAAAGAUAGGAAACAUCCGCAUGACGGGAGAAAUGCGUCAAAAGGCAUCUUCUCCGCAGCUUUUGGACCAAAACACUCUGCUGCUGCUUAUGUGUUGUAUCACCAGCCGUCACUCUGAGUCCGAAUCGGCUCAGAUGGAAACGACCAUGUCUCAAAGCUGUUACUGUCCGAGAAAAAAAAAUCAAGAGGAGAAAACUCCUUACUUGACCAUGUCAGUGCUGUAUAUUUAUUAACCACAAGGUGGCAGCACAGCGUUGGAGUGUUACUUUGUUAGUUUAAUGCGGAGGGGAAAGUUUUGACCAGCACUGAUUUUGCUUUUUGAACCUUGGAUUUUGGAGGGAGCCGGUGUAGAGUGAGGCUUUAACAUGCGUUUAUGACUCAUUGUUAACAUCCGUCACACGACAUAUUUCUUUAUUUUUUUCUGCACUUAUCAGCAAAGAAGCCGUCCAUUUAAAUUGGACUCUGAAUAAGGCCCAGUGUGCGACUUUGGAGGAUAAAGAGUUAGAGUUUCUUGGUUGUAGCUCCCCCGUCUCAGAUCCCCACAUUUCCGUUCAUGUUCUUUGAAAACAAAGCACCUAUAUAUUGUGGGAUGGGAGCGAACUUUGAAGAACUGGCAGAAUUUCUGAGCACAACAGCAAAAUCCACUUUUUUGCUCCAUUGUGGCUAAAGCUGACUCUUUUAUUAUUUAUUAUUAUUUAAACAUUAUGCUUUAUACAUGUCUAAGAAAAAUCCGUUGACACAUUUCCUUGGUUUGACCUUUUGGGGAAUUAUGCUUUUUAAUCUUUUGCUGAGAGUUACAUGAGAAGGUUGACGCUGUGUGUACUGCUAGUUAGCUUAGCUCAGCACAAGGGCUGGAAACUGGGAGUAACUAUUUUCCUAUUUCCGAUUUUGUCAGCACUUCCCAACUGUACAAUAUUAAUUACAACAUUUCCUUUUCAUGGAUCAACAAUAGAGAGUAUGUUGGAUGAAAUGAUGGAUGUCCGAGAUAGAAGCCCGAGGGAUUUUCCACUCAACUAACUGUAAAAAUACCACACAGGAAAACCCAUUUUAAUGUUCCUGCCAAUGUUCAGCCACAAAAAUAUUAAGAAAUAAUAUUUAAGACUUAUGAAAACCAUCUAAAUUGUUCUUGAGUGAACUGAAAUUAGUAAAUUUGUAUUCCCCUUUGUGAUUUUAAUCUUCUCAUGUAAAUCUCAGCAAAAAUACAAAUGAGCCUAUUUCCCAAACAUUUGAUUCAAAUGUAAUAAAUCUCUGUGGGGCAUCAUCUCUGUGUUACUUUGUGCCCAUUGAGCCAGUUUUAUUCAGUGCUGAGUUCGAGUGCAAGUUGUUUUGACUGCAAAUGAAUUUUUGAAUGUACCGUCGUUGCUCUGCUGCUCUUAAAUGUCGCCUGCUAUGAAUUUGCCAUAGUGUACAAAUGAUGUCUUUUCUUGAUCAUAUCUACGAUACACUGUAUAUGUAUAUUUUUGGCACACAGGUGAGCCUCUUGAUGACCUGUAAUGUUUGUGACCGUGUUUUUGUAGAUGUUUAUGUACCAGUUUUCAGAGCCUGUGUGUGUGUGUGUGUGUGUGUGUGUGUGUGUGUGUGUGUGUGUGUGUGUGUGUGUGUGUGUGUGUGUGUGUGUGUGUGUGUGUGUGUGUGUGUGUGUGUGUGUGUGUGUGUGUGUGUGUGUGUGUGUGUGUGUGUGUGUGUGUGCGUGCGGGUGCGGGUGUGUGUCUGAGUAUGUUCAAAAGUUGGAUUGUAUUCUGUAUGCAUGUGUACGUAAUGGCAAGUAUUCACAAGGAUAUAAGUAGGCUAACUUAAAUGUGAAAGAAAAUAUAAAAUUUCAUCCAACCUUUGUUGUGUGUAAACAUGUGUUUAGGUGUCAGACAUUCAUGUCCCAGUUUGUGUAUAUUUGACUGCAAAAUAAAUCUGUCUGUGGUUAGUUGUA